CCCUCUCUCCUCAGGAAAUCCAUAUCAAACUUGUGGUUUCCAGUUCUCUCUCAAUCUUUAACUUCUUUUAACCUUUUCAUUAUCCGGGUCUUUCUUUAAAAUGGCAGCAAUGGCAGAAAAUGGCAGCAAAAAUGAUUCUUUGGAGAGCUUUUGCAACAUGGGGCGAGACCCACUGAGUUGGGGAUUGGCUGCAGAAUCAAUGAAAGGCAGUCAUUUAGAUGAAGUAAAGAAGAUGGUUGCUGAAUAUAGGAAACCUUUUGUUAAGCUUGGUGGUGAAACCUUGACAGUAGCUCAAGUUGCUGCUAUUGCUAGCCAUGAUUGUGGUGUUAAAGUCGAGCUUUCUGAGUCUGCUAGAGCUGGUGUUAAGGCUAGUAGUGACUGGGUUAUGGAUAGCAUGAAUAAAGGUACUGAUAGCUAUGGUGUCACUACUGGUUUUGGAGCUACUUCUCAUAGAAGAACUAAGCAAGGUGGUGCUUUACAGAAAGAACUCAUAAGAUUCUUGAAUGCUGGGAUUUUUGGCAAUGGAACAGAAUCAUGCCACACAUUACCUCAUUCUGCCACAAGAGCAGCAAUGCUAGUUAGGAUCAACACUCUCCUACAAGGGUAUUCUGGCAUUAGAUUUGAAAUCUUGGAAGCAAUUACCAAGCUUCUUAACCACAACAUUACUCCAUGUUUGCCACUCCGCGGCACAAUCACUGCUUCAGGGGAUUUAGUCCCAUUGUCUUACAUUGCUGGAUUGCUCACAGGCAGGCCUAAUUCCAAAGCUAUUGGCCCUAAUGGUGAAUCCAUGGAUGCCCUUGAAGCUUUUCGCCUUGCCGGUAUUGAAUCAGGAUUCUUUGAGUUGCAGCCUAAAGAAGGCCUUGCUUUGGUUAAUGGUACUGCAGUCGGUUCUGGUUUGGCUUCUAUGGUUCUUUUUGAGGCAAACAUUCUUGCUGUCUUAUCAGAAAUUCUAUCUGCAAUUUUUGCUGAAGUCAUGAAUGGCAAGCCUGAAUUUACCGAUCACUUGACACAUAAGCUAAAGCAUCAUCCAGGCCAAAUUGAAGCUGCAGCUAUAAUGGAGCACAUUUUAGAUGGCAGCUCUUAUGUUAAAGCUGCUAAGAAAUUGCAUGAGAUGGAUCCAUUACAGAAACCAAAGCAAGAUAGAUAUGCUUUAAGAACUUCACCACAAUGGUUAGGCCCUCAGAUCGAAGUUAUUCGGUUCUCGACGAAAUCAAUCGAAAGAGAGAUUAAUUCAGUGAAUGAUAACCCUUUGAUCGAUGUUUCGAGGAACAAAGCCUUGCAUGGUGGAAAUUUCCAGGGGACACCAAUCGGUGUCUCAAUGGACAAUGCACGUUUGGCUAUUGCAUCGAUUGGGAAGCUGAUGUUUGCUCAAUUUAGUGAGCUUGUUAAUGAUUUCUACAACAAUGGAUUGCCAUCAAACUUGACUGCUGGUAGGAAUCCAAGUCUUGAUUAUGGCUUCAAGGGAGCUGAAAUAGCAAUGGCUUCUUACUGUUCUGAGCUCCAAUAUCUUGCAAAUCCAGUCACUAGCCACGUGCAAAGCGCGGAGCAGCACAAUCAAGAUGUGAACUCGUUGGGGUUAAUCUCUUCAAGAAAGACAGCAGAAGCUGUUGAUAUCUUGAAGCUCAUGUCUACAACUUACUUGGUAGCACUUUGCCAAGCCAUUGAUCUGAGGCAUCUGGAGGAAAACUUGCGGCAAGCUGUUAAAAACACUGUAAGCCAAGUAGCCAAGAGAGUUCUAACUACAGGUGCUAAUGGAGAACUUCACCCUUCAAGAUUCUGUGAGAAAGAUUUGCUCAAAGUGGUCGAUCGCGAGUAUGUCUUUGCCUAUGCUGAUGAUCCUUGCAGUGCUACUUAUCCAUUGAUGCAAAAACUAAGGCAAAUUCUCGUCGAGCAUGCCUUGGCAAACGGCGAAAAUGAGAAGAAUGCUGGUACCUCAGUCUUCCAAAAGAUCAGUGCUUUCGAGGAAGAACUCAAGACCCUUUUGCCUAAAGAAGUUGAGAGUGUAAGAAUUGCAUAUGAGAGUGGAAAUCCAGCAACUGCUAACAGGAUCAAGGAAUGCAGGUCUUAUCCACUUUACAAGUUUGUGAGGGAGGAAUUGGGUACUGGAUUGCUCACUGGAGACAAAGUUAUGUCACCUGGAGAGGAGUUUGACAAGGUUUUUACUGCAAUGUGCCAGGGAAAGAUCAUUGAUCCAAUGAUGGAUUGUCUCAAGGAAUGGAAUGGUGCCCCUCUUCCAAUUUGCUAAGUGUAUUCCUUUUUCUUUUCUUCUUUUUUUUUUCUUGUUUUGUUUCUUUUCAUUUUGAAGAUUUGUUUUCCAAUCCCUUACUAUGUACUUAAACAAUUUGAUGGGAUUGUCUAUGUACUACAGUUUGUAACAUAAAAAGAAAGUCUUGAAUGGUUUUCUGUCAAUCCUCAAUAUAAAUCUUUUCUUGAUUUUCUUUUGCAA